AUGAGUUCAUCACAUCAAAUCAGUAAAAACAUUCGAGGAGAUGAACGUGUGUUUUUAAAACGUAUGUUUCAUGGAGAUCAUGUGGAUCUUACUGGAAAUCUUAGCGUCGCUCGUGAAUCGCCAGUUUUAAGUUUUAUUCCGACCGAUUAUCAAGUUUCUGAGUGGGACGAGACAGUGGAAAUUAUUUUGGAGCGGUCUGGCAGCUUAAACGAAACAAUUGAUGUAUACCUAUCCACAUUGUCGUUAUCUGCUACGGACACUGACUACGAAGAAAUCGACCAAAUUGUAACGUUCUUUCAAGCCGAUACCCAUAUAUCUAUUGUUAUUAAUUUAUUAGACGAUAAUAAUGUUGAGCCGACUGAAAUUUUCCAAGUAAAAAUUAUGUCAGUAACUAUUGGUGUGAUAUUGAUUAAUGACAGUGCCACUAUUAUCAUUCUAGACGACGAUGGUAUUUCUAUCAUUGGUUUCGCGCCGUCCGAAUAUGACGUCAUUGAAGGCGAUGGAUCUGUGGAAAUCUAUCUACAACGCACCUGUAACUGGGCCAGUAUCGUGAAUGUAACCGUGUCAACGGCAUCUUUAACCGCUAUCGGGGCGAGUGAUUACGUAGAAAGUCAACAGAGCGUUACGUUCCACCAAGGAGAAAGUACGGCAUCUGUUUUGAUCAGUAUAACCGACGACAACAUCAAUGAAGCCACUGAACUGUUUCAGGCCGUUUUGUCAUUUAUAAGUAUUCGUGCUACCCUCGGCUGCCAGGUCGCUACAAUUACAGUUAUAGACGACGAUGGACCGACUGUCGUAUCGUUCAACCCGACUAAAUACGAAGUACGUGAAGGCGAUUCCACGGUUAGACUUAUCUUAGAGCGUUCUGGAAAUUUAGCUGAUGAUGUCGAAUUAACAGUCGAUACGAAUCCCAUGACAGCUUCAGAAAACAGUGAUUAUGUUAUCACUAAGACAGCAGUGCUCCUCCUAGCACAGGGAGUUACAUCGACGUCGAUUCCGAUAGACAUUGUCGAAGAUAGGGAAGUCGAGGACUCGGAAACAUUCCAGGUCAAAAUUGCGUCUGCUACCACUGGUGUAAUAUUGAUCGAUGAUGUUGCUAUAGUAACGAUUAUUGACAACGAUGAGUAUCCAGCUGUCGGAUUCAAUCCAACUGAUUAUACAGUGACUGAAGACGCCGGCACAGUCGAAGUGACUUUACAACGAUCAGUGAACUUACUAGACAUUGUCGAUGUAACCAUAGACACGAUAGCUUUAACCGCGUCUGGCUCGGACGACUACGAAGAUACGCGACACCAUUUGACGUUCUUUGAAAGAGACACGUCGGUGUCUAUAGCAAUCAAUAUAAUCGAUGACGUCAUCCAAGAAUCCACUGACAUAUUUUUGGUGAAGAUAGCGUUUGUCACCCUCGGUGCCACGUUAACCAAUGAUGUUGCAACGAUUACAAUUCUUGACGACGAUGGUGACACCAAUACCCAUACUACAACACUGAAUCCAAACCAGAGUAUCACACCGUCAUCAAUACCCGAACAAGCGACUAUAAGUUUCAAUCCUGUCGAAUAUGAAGUCACGGAAGCCGACAAGUCAGUGAACAUUAUUUUAGAACGUGCUGGCACUUUUGAAACCAUAGAUGUCAGUUUGUCCACGAUUUCCGUAACAGCUACAGAGCCAAGUGAUUUUUCACAUAUGCAGAAAACUUUAACAUUCUUCCCGGAAGACGCAUCAGUUUAUGUCAAGAUUGAUAUUGCAGACGAUGCAGUGUUCGAAGAAACGGAAUUAUUCCGGAUUGCGAUAACGUACGCCACUUCCGGUGUCUUGAUAUUGAACGACGUCGCUACUGUAACAAUCAAAGAUGACGACGGUAAGAAGCUGACAAAUACCAUGUCGGGGGAGAAGAGUAGCGCUGGACCAGCCAUCAUAAGCUUCAACCGUACUGCUCAUCUUGUUAAUGAAGGAGACGGGAAAUUGGUUGUUACUCUCGAACGUUCUGGGAACUUAAAAAAUACUAUUGAGGUGACAUUGAGUACACACUCAAUAACCGCUGGCUCGCCAGAUGACUAUACAGACUACCAGGGUUUAGUAUUAUUUCUUCCGUGGGAAACCUUAGUCCAUGUUGUGAUUAAUAUAGCCGAUGAUGUUUACAACGAGGCUACAGAAGUUUUCCAGCUUACAUUGGCAGUGGACUGUUGUAAUGCUACGAUUUUCAAUAAUGUCACAACGAUAACUAUUACAGAUGACGAUGGACUGGCCCUGGUAUCAUUCAAUCCUAGAAUAUACACAGUUAACGAGAACGCUGGAGUAGUCUCAAUCAUAAUAGAACGUACAGGGAACCAAAUGCUGGCAUUGAUUGUUGAAUUAACCACCAACGAUAUUACCGCAAUAGGUGGCAACGACUACCAAUCACUUGCUACCAAUGUGACCUUUGCAGCAGGCCAGACAACUCACGUUAUUAGCAUACAAAUAACAAAUGACGAAUUAAAUGAAAACGACGAGACGUUCGAUAUUAAUGCAAGCAUUUUUGAGAACACCGAGUCUACCGUAGUGUAUUCUACCGCCACAGUGACUAUCAUUAAUAAUGCAAACAGUACUUUAAAUAUCAGCAGACCUCAAACUUCACAAUUACCAAUUUUUGAAGAUUUAGAAACAGAUGGGACAGCAGCAUCUACUAUGAAACCAUCAAUAUAUAUGCCUCCAACUGCAAUUGUGCCAUACACAUCUACACAAGCUAGUACUGACAUCAUUCUACCAAUAUCUGACUCAAUAACUACUAAGGUAUCAUCAACAUCAACACAAAUAUUGAACUCACCAACCUCUGAAAUAGCAGCAAUACAUGGAGACGACACACCCAUGUCUAAACUAACAAAUGAACCAGUAAUUAUGGAUACGUCAACAUCACCUUACUCAACAACGUACAGUGUAGACACCACUACACCUAUAUCAAACUCAGUAACCACUGAAGUGACAUCUAUAGACGAAGAAAAUACACCCAUAUCUAAACUAACAAUUGAACCAGUCAGCAUGGAGACGUCAGCAUCACCCAACUCAAAAGCAGAAAGUGUAGAGACGAUUACAUUAAUACUGAACUCACUAACCACCGAAGAAACAUCAAUAGAUGAAGAAAACACACCCACAUCUAGGCUAACAAUUGAGCCAGUCACCACGAAGACGUCAACAUCACCUAACACAACAACAGAACGUUUAGACACCACUACAUCUAAAUCAAACUCACCAACCACUGAAAUAACAUAUAUAGACAAUGAAGACACACUCAUAUCUAAACGAACAACUGAGCCAGUCACCAUGAGGGCGUCAUCGUCUGCUGACUCAACAAUAGACAAUGUAGACACCACUACAUCAAUAUGGAACCCACCAACCACUAAAGUGACAUCUAUAGAUGAAGAAGACAAACCAAUGUCUAAAUUAACAAUUAGGCCAGUCACCAUGAAGUCGUCAACGUCACCUAACUCAACAAAAGAAAGUGUAGUCACCACUACAUUAACAUUGAACUCACUAACCACUGAUGUGGCAUCGGUAGAUAAAGAAGAAAAGCCCACAUCCAAAGCAAUAAUUGAUCCAGUCAUCAUGGAGACGUCUAUAUUACCUCACUCAAAAACAGACAAUGUAGACACCAAUAUGUCAAUAUUGAACUCACCAAGCACUGAAGUGACAUCUAUGAAUGAAGAAGACAAACCAAUAUCUAAACUAACAAUUGCGCCAGUCACCAUGGAGACGUCAACAUCAUCUAACAAAACCACAGAACGUUUAGACACCAUUACAUCUAAAUCAAACUCACUCGUCACUGAUUUGGCAUCUUUAAAUGAAAAAGACACACCCAUAUCUAAACCAACAAUUGAGCCAGUCACAACGAAGACGUCCACAUUAUUUAACACAACAGAAGACAGUGCAGACACCACUACAUUUAAAUCAAACUUACUAGUCACUGAUUUGGCAUUUAUAGAUGAAGAACACACACACAUAUCUAAACUAACAAUUGAGCCAGUCACCAUGGAGACGACAAUGUCACCUAACUCAACAGACAAUACGUCAACAUCACUUAACACAACAACAGUAAGUGUGGAUACCAUUAUAUCUCAAUCACACUCACUAACCACUGAAGUGACAUCUAUAGAUGAAGAAGUCAUACCCAUAUCUAAACUAACAAUUGAGCCAGUCACCAUGAAGGUGUCAACAUCACCUAACUCAACAAAAGACAGUUUAGACACCACUACAACAAUAUUGAACUCACCAACCACUGAAGUGACAUCUAUAGAUGAAGAAUACACAGUCAUAUCUAAACGAACAUUUGCGCCAGUCACCAUUAAGGUGUCAACGUCAUCUAACUCGACAACAGACAGUGUAGACACGACUACAUUAAUAUUCAACUCAAUAACUACCGAAGUGACAUCAGUAGAUGAAAAAGACACACCCACAUCUAAGCUAACAGCUGGGCCAGUCACCAUGAAGUCGUCGACAUCACCUAACUCAAUAAAAGAAAGUGUAGUCACCACUACAUUAAUAUUGAACUCACUAACCAAUGAUGUGGUAUCGGUAGAUAGAGAUGAAACACCCACAUCCAAACCAAUAAUUGAUCCAGUCAUCAUGGAGACGGCAAUAUCACCUCACUCAACAACAGAUAACAAUGUAGACACCACCACAUCAAUAUUGAACUCAGCAACCACUGAAGUGACAUCUAUGGAUGAAAAAGACAAACCAAUAUCUAAACUAACAAUUGAGCCAGUCAUCAUGGAGACGUCAACAUCAUCUAACACAACCACAGAACGUUUAGACACCACUACAUCUAAAUCAAACUUACUCGUCACUGAUUUGGCAUCUUUAGAUGAAGAAAACACAUCUAAAUCUAACCUAACAAUUGAGCCAGUCACCAUAGAGACGUCAACAUCACCUAACUCAUCAGCAGACAGUGCAGACACCACUGCAUCUAAAUCAAACUUACUAUUCACUGAUUUGGCAUCUAUAGAUGAAGAACACACACACAUAUAUAAACUAACAAUUGAGCCAGUCACCAUGGAGACGUCAGCAUCACCUAACUCAAGAACAUACAGUGUAGACACUACUACAGCUAAAUUAAAUUCACCAACCAUUGAUUUGGCAUUUAGAGACGAUGAAGACACACCCAUAUCUAAACUAACAAUCGAGCCAGUCACCAUCGAGAAAUCAACAUCACCUAACUCGAUAAUAGACAAUGUAGAUACCACUACAUCAAUAAUGAACUCACCACUCACUGAAGUGAAAUCUAUAGAUGUAGUAGACACACCAGUAUUUAAACUAACAAGCGAGCCAGUCACCAUGAAGUCGUCAACACCAUCCAACUCAAAAACAGACAGUGUGGACACCACUACAUCAAUAUUGAACUCACUAACUACUGAUGUGGCAUUAGUAGAUGAAGAAGAAACAUCCACAUCCAAACUAAUAAUUGAUCAAGCCACCAUGGAGACGUCAAUGUCACCUAACUCAACAACAGACAAUGUAGGCCCCAAUAUAUCAAUAUCCGGCCUACAAACCACUGAAUCGGCAUCAAUAGAUAAAGAAACAUCUAUAUCUAAAUUAACAAUUGAACCAGUCACCAUGGAGAGUCAACAUCACUUAACACAGAAACAGUAA